AUGAAGAAAGGCAUAAGAACUUUUUGCAACACGGAUGUGUCAACCUCAACUCUCAACCAACAAAAUAGUACUAUUGGCAAUGGCAUAGGCAACCAUAGCCAAGUUGACAUCACAAGUAGCAAGGUAAGCUCCCCUAUUUUGCAAUGUGAGAAUUCAAAUUCAAAGCAAAGCACACCAACACUAGAAGAUCUUAUACUACAAUUAGAAAUGGAAGAAGAGAUGGCAAGGAAAGAAAAACUCAAUGAAUAUAGUGGAAUAAGGGGAAGAAUGUCAAGUGUUAAUAACUCUGACAUCUUAAGAUCUGCAAGGAAUGCUUUGAAUCAAUACCCAAGGUUUUCACUUGAUGGAAGAGAUUCCAUGUAUAGGUCAUCUUUUGGAACUAUAGAAGGAAGAAGAUCAGUUUGUAGUGAGAGAAGUUUAGAACCAAAGGUUGAUGAAAAGGUUGUAUGUUUUCCCACAACAAUUGCAGGGGAGAGUGUAGUUUGGUGUAAACCAGGGGUUGUGGCAAAGUUAAUGGGUUUGGAGGCUAUUCCAGUGCCAGUAAGUAGAAAAAGAUGUGACAACAAAGACAAAAUAAGUAGUGUUGGUUUAAGGAGGCAAAACAUAAGGAGGAGAUCAUUUGAGAGGCAUGAUUUGGAGAGAAAAUUAGCAAUGGACAUGCAGGGUUAUCGUGAUCAUAUUGUUAGAAGAAGAAAUAGGUCUGGUAUUUGCUCUAACAAUGGAUAUUGUAUUAUGAAACCGGUUUCUCUAGAAUCUAUGGCAGGUGGUCCUGCUAGUUGGCAGCCAAGGAGAUAUGCUUAG